AUGCGGACUGCUGACAGGCUCUCUUACUCAGAGGUAGUCGGCGCUAUGCUAGGUAGCGAUGCUUUACUAUAUAUUGAGGAGGGGGACUACGCCACUUACCGUCACAUAUAUUUGAUGCCUCCAUUGACGGGAGCUCGCACCCCGAUGACGAGGCCUGCCGGUAUGCCAUCCUCGGGCCAGGCCCGAGCUCGAGCUGCAGACGCCCCUUCUACUAGUAGGGCUGGUACAUCUAGAGGUGGGGGUAGACCGGUUCCUCCGAUUCCGUCGACUUAUCCUCAUCCUGGAUGGCCAGAUAUGCCGACUGAGUUGAUGGCGUGGCAGUAUGGGGCUAUCUCUCCGACCCCGAUCCCGCUAGAGCCUCCGAUGCCCAGUGAUCGAUACGCCAUUGAUCCUGACUCACCGCUGCCACCGCGAGGGUACAUGGAGGAGGUGGUUGGACUGGUGGCCACACUCGAGGGCAUGGUCCUCAUUUUUGUAGCCAUCGCGAGGGAACAAAUGCUAACUGAUGAAGAGAAACAAUCUUCUGGAGGAUAG